CCUUCACCGCCCGCAGCCAAGAUGGCGGCGUACGAGAGGCGGAGGGCGCCCGCCGCUCCGGCCCCGGCCCCGGCGGCGGGCAGCGGGUUGGCGGAGCCGGGUCAGGCGGUGGCCGGCGGGCUGGAGAGCGAAGCGGAGUUCCUGCUGCGGGCCGGCGUCACCGCCAUGGUGCGGGAGGCGCUGCUGAAGGUGCUGGAGGCGCGGCCCGAGGAGCCCGUCUCCUUCCUGGCCGACUACUUCGAGCGGCUGGUGCCGGGCAGCCCCGGGGCGGCGGGGGAGGCCGCGGCCGAGCUGCCGGGGCCGCCGCAGCGCCUGGCGCGGGCGCUGUGGUACGUGCGCCUGGCUCACCACUCCCACAGGACGGCCUUCGACAGCAACGCCGGCGCGGCCUACGAGGUGCUGGGCGCCGGCGGGCGGCGGCGGAAGGCGGGCGUGGACGGGCGGCUGUACAGCGAGCUGCUGCGGCACAUCUGCCAGCACGGGGGAGCGCCGGCGGAGGCGGCGGCGGCUCUGCUGGGCCGCGUCCGCUGCCGCGACCACGAGGCCGUGCCCUUCGACGUCUUCCGCUACGGCGUCCUCACCUGCUUCGUGCUGCUGGAGUUCGCCGCCAAGGCAGACGCGCUCUUCGGCGUCCUGGACGGCGGCUCGGGCGCCGCUGACGGGCGGGUGUGCCAGGCCGUGCUGCGGGCGCUGGAGGACGCCCUGGGCAUCGGCAACGUCGCUCUGCCCAGUCGCUACCUGGAGGCGGGCUCCAGGCUGGGGCCGGACGGCCUGGCCCUGGCCAUGGACCGGGCGCUGCAGGAGAGGAAGCUCGGCAGCUCCAUGAGCCGGGAGGAGUUCCUGAAGAAAGCCACCGCCUUGUUCGUUGCAAAAGUGAAGCCCGUGGAGUAGGGCCCGGGUGGGAGCGAUGUGGACGGUGCCCGCUCUGGCCUCUGUGGCCGCUCUGUGCGGAGCCGGUCACACCGCGGGGCGCUGGGCCCCGGCACGAGGCUGGACGGCAGCUGUGGGGGAGGUCGGUGCUGCCUGACGAGACUCCCCAUUUCCACACUCCCUUCCUGGUUCGAGCCGAUGGGAUCCCUGCUGCUCUCAGCCACGGCUCCUCCAACCUGGUUGCCAUUAGUAAAUCUUUUCUAGGCGUUAAGUGGGAACUCGCGAGGAGGCCGGUCAGCUGUAGGGCUGAGUUAGUCAUAAAAAAUGAGCCAGAGUGACGUAAAUGUGGGGCUGGGCCUCCAGAUCUCCUGCAGUUUGGUCCCAGCCCUGGCAACGUCACAUCGUGUGGCUCCAGCCAGGAGCUUGGUUUCUGCUUUUGGGUUUGUUUCACACCUACUCGUGAGGUGGGGGGCGAUGCUCUCCCCCCCCAGCUGUGCCUUUGCAGGUACAUCCAGGGCUGAUCUGAAGUGUGAGACAAAGGGUUAGUUUAUUCAGCAAAACCUUUUAAAUGCACAGCAGAUGAGAAACGGGCGGCCGUGAAGCAAACAGCAGCGGGAGGGGCUGGGGGCUGGGGGGACAAGCUGCCCCUUUGCUUGACACCUGCGGCUGCUGCCGCCCGGGCUCUGAAGACAGCCGCUUGUCCCGGAGCGACGGCCCCUUGGAGAAGCCGUAGAGCCCCACGGAGUCCACGGCGAUUUGGGACGUGGAGCCGCGGGUGAUGAGGAGACGAACCCCCUCCCUUGGGGCCUGGUUUGUGUUUGAGCCGAGACGCGGGACGAGCCGUCUGUUAUUUAUUUGAACUUGUCUGUGUUAAUUAUUUAUACCGUGCAAUUUACCGUGAGGCAUUAAAACAUUUUAUUAUUUUU